CAUAGUCAUUUCUCUGACUGCGAUUUUCACGUGGCCUGCCCGCCUUUUUCCUCUCUUAAGUCUUAACUAGUACAAAAUUCUUAUGCUAUAAGUAAACUAAAACCAGUACUAGUACUUUACAAUUAUUUUCCUUGUGAGAGAAAAAUCUUGGUUUCGUACUUUACCCUUUCUCUUCUGGCAGUAUUCUGAUUUCUUAGGUGUACCAAUGGAAAGUACUAAGAAUCUUGGUUCUGCUGAUAUUUCUGUUUCCACCAAAGAAUCAUCUCUGGCAUCCAACUCCACGGGUAUUUUCUCUUCAAUUUUCCCACCACCAUCUAAGGUUAUGGGAAGGAAAGCUUCGGCGGCUGAACUUAUACAAUCUCUGCAGAAGCAGUCCUCUGGUUGUAGGGAAUGGAACAAAUCAUCUCCAGCUGAUGUGACGAAAAAUAGAGAAGGUGCAGGGCAUUGCACAUCCAGUAAGGAACAUGAGUCACUUUUUCAAGAUCAAGUGGAACCAUGUCCCCUAAGUUCUGCUAUCUUCUAUGGUGGUCAAGAGGACAUGUACAUCAAGUCAUCCGAUGAUCGAAAAUCUAUCUCGUAUCCUAGUUACAAGAAGGAAGGAAGAGAAUAUGAUUCUAGCGGAAACAACCAACAUGAUGCUUCUAGAGGAAAUUGGUGGCAAGGGUCCCUUUAUUACUAGAAACAUGGCCUCCGAGCCCCCAAGACGUGAAUUCCCGUUUAUUUAGUAGAGGAGUUCCUGAAGUCUUGGAACCAGGUUGCUAUAGAUUUGUUGAAGACGAACAAGUACGGCCAUGUGUUGACAGACUCAAGAGUUUUCAUUCUGGGUUCUCUUGUAAUGGUUAUUUGAACCUUAUAUAUGACAUGGACCUUUUUAAAGAUUUUUGGCUCAGUGCCUUACAAAGCAGGGGUUUUGAUAACUGUGUUGACGUCUCUAUACACUUUUAACUCUUCGCAUACAAUUAAACGAUGUAAAUCUUUGAAUAAGUUCUUGUCAAGACUUGCAUGAACUUGCAUUGCCCUUUCUGAA